AGUUGACUCAGCUUUACAUUAAUUGUCAUGAGCCAAGCCCAUUUUGAAAUGGUCUCUGCGUAGAAAUAUUUUUCUGAUUAGAAUUUCUUUCAACCAUUGCUCAAAUGAGAGGCUCAGCUUCAAUAAUUUUAAUAUUUCUGUACUAUUUUUCUACUCUUGCUGUGCUAGGCAGCAAAUAUCGCAAAAAUGUCCUAUUUAUCGUAGUGGACGAUUUGCGACCCGCACUGGGCUGCUUCAAUGAUUCAGAUGCAGUUACACCUAAUUUGGAUUCACUUGCGAGAGUUAGUACAAUUUUUACCAGAAGCUAUUCACAGCAAGCGCUUUGCGCCCCAAGCAGAAAUUCAUUUUUAACGAGCAGGAGACCAGAUUCUCUGUAUUUGUAUGACACUCACAGUUACUGGAGAGUUACCGCAGGAAAUUAUACUACUAUCCCACAACACUUAAAAAACCAUGGUUACACAACUGCUUCAUUUGGAAAAAUUUUCCAUCCAGGCAUUGCUUCAAAUUACAACGAUGACAGUCCGUGGAGUUGGAGUGAGCCCCCCUUUCACCCUUCAACAUUGAAAUACAAAAAUGCAAAAGUUUGUCUGGAUGAUUCAGGAGCACUUGGAAAAAAUUUAGUUUGUCCAGUUGAUCCUGCGUUACAGCCGGAAGGAACUCUGCCCGACUUGCAGACAACUGAGGCGGCAAGCAAAUAUUUAAACACAUACAAUAAUUCCAGUCCGUUUUUCGUCGCUGUUGGCUAUCACAAACCGCACAUCCCCCUCAAAUUUCCCAGAGAAUUUUUAAAAUACCAUAAUUUGGACAAAAUUAGCCAGCCUUAUCCUAAGCUUUGGCCUCAAAAAGUCUCCUUUGUUUCUUGGAAUCCAUGGACUGAUUUAAGAGAGCGUGAUGAUGUAGAAAAGUUAAAUCUUACAUUUCCAUUUCAACCAAUUCCAGAAAAUUUUGCGCAGGUAGUUAGACAGCAUUAUUUUGCGGCGGUAACCUACAUCGAUAGACAAAUAGGGGAACUAAUACAGACAUUGAAAUCAUUGAGACUGAUGGAAGAUACAAUAAUUUUAGUUGUUGGUGAUCAUGGUUGGUCUCUCGGUGAGCACAGUGAAUGGGCAAAAUACAGCAAUUUUGAGAAAUCUGUGCGUGUGCCGCUGAUAAUUUACGAUCCCGACCUUUCUCAGACUGUCAGGGCCGAUAACAGAGAAAACGCCGGUAGUUUCGUUCGUGAUGACUUGGUGGAGUUAGUGGAUAUUUUCCCAACUCUGAAUGACCUGGUCGCACUGCCGAAAAUGCCAGCUUGCAAGAAAGUUGACUUUUCUCCGUUGUGCACUGAAGGGCGGUCUUUGGCUCCCUUGCUCUAUUCGCAGGAAAGAGUGGAGCAUUGGAGAACGGCUGCGUUCAGUCAAUACCCUCGACCAAAUGAUUUCCCACAAACCAAUAGCGAUCAGCCUCGAUUGCGAGACGUGAAGUUUAUGGGCUACUCGGCGCGAACCGACAAAUUGCGGCUUACUUGGUGGGUACGAUUCCAAGAUCUCACGCCAAACUGGAAUACUACAGAAGGAGAGGAGCUCUAUGACCAUACAAUCGAUCCCGCUGAGGAAUUCAACCUUGCAUAUCGUCCUGAAUUUAAGAACGUCAAGGACAGUCUUAAGGAUCUAAUCAAAUGGCAGUUUUCCAGAUAAAUUCAUUACUUGGCAAUUAAA